AUGUAUUUUUCCUCGGGCGAAGGUAGUAGAAAUUAUAGAAACAACGACCAUCACAAUACGAGCAAUUUAACUAGAAUAAUCCAACAACAUCCACCAGUAGCGGUUCAGCAGCAAUAUAAUAUGCCGAAAAUAAUUGCCGGGGCAAGUAACGCUGUUACAGCAGAUGAAGGUUUAAAAACUGAACACUCGCGAUUGUUAGAUAAUUCAUCUAGACACAACAAUUAUGGAGUUAAGUCAAUAUCAGCAGUAGAAGAUGUUUACAUACCGAUUGAAGACAAUGACCGGUUCCCAAUAUCAGGGAUAAAUGCUUGUUGUCCAUAUUUGUUUUGUGGUGUGUUAUCAUCAAGUAUAAAAGAGUUUAAAUCCGCUUUGAUGAAUCCAUGGCUAUAUUAUUAUA